AUGGACACAAUUGCCCUUACAGAAUACCUUUUCAUCCGGCUUCGACAGCUGGGGCUGGACACGAUCCACGGUGUGCCCGGGGACUACAAUCUCAGCGCACUGGACUUUAUCGAACCACUGGGCCUGCGAUGGGCGGGAAACUCCAACGAGCUCAACGCAAGCUAUGCGGCAGAUGGCUACGCCAGGGUGAAGGGAAUUGGUGCUCUUGUCACCACGUCCGGGGUGGGCGAAUUGUCCGCAAUCAACGGGAUUGCAGGCGCGUAUGCAGAGCGCUCGCCAGUGGUUCAUAUCGUCGGCACCCCGCCGGUUGAAAUACAAGCGUCGGGCAUGUGUCUUCACCACACCUUUGGAGAUGGCAACUUCCGCCGGUUUGCUCAAAUGGCAGAGCAUGUUGUAGUCGCCCACGCCAACCUGACCACGGUCGAGACCAGCGCCGAGGAAGUUGACCGCGUAUUGACCAUGUGCAAACUGCACAGCCGCCCCGUGUACAUCGAGCUGCCAACAAACAUGGUCAAGGCCCAAGUCUCCCGGGCCCGACUGGAAGAAGUCAUUCCACCAGCGGACACAUGCGUCUUGAACCGUGAGAUCGUGGAAACCACGUCUCAGGCGAUUUUGACGAGACUCUAUGCUGCGCAGCAGCCGAUGCUUUUACUGGAUGGAUUUGUGAGCCGAUACAACGCGCGAGCAGAGGCCCAAGAGUUGGCACGAGCGCUUGGGAUCCCGACCUACUCGACUGCCUUCGGUAGGAGCGUUCUGGAAGAGCCGCUACCAAACUUCCACGGGGUUUACUCAGGGCCCACCGGAAACUCCAAGCUGCACGCCUGGGCCCAGAGUUGCGAUCUGGUCCUGACGUUGGGACCGCUAUUCUCGGACUCCAAUACCUUUGGAUUCACCACCAAGCCCGAUCCGAAAGUUUCGAUUGCCAUUCAUAGAGAGCAUGUGGAGCUUCCUGGGUCAGAUCCUAACCGGAGCGAGACCAUACACGGGGUGUCUAUGAACCAGCUCCUGCGGAGCAUCCUCAACCUUCUGGACACCGCGCAGCUGCUCUCAGUGCAGCACCCAGCCAUAGCAGGACAGGAUGUGCCCCUCCAGAUCCCAUCUUACGACGAACCCUUAAAACAGCAGACGCUAUGGGACUUCCUGUCACAGCAUCUUCUCCCCGGCGACAUUGUUCUUGCUGACACCGGAACCAGCUCAAUUGGAUCUAGUACAAUGGUACUUCCUCCACUGUGCACCUAUAUCACCUCUCCAAUCUGGCUUUCUAUCGGAUUUGCACUCCCUGCAACCGCCGGGGCCGCAGCGGCGAAGAGAGAUCUAGUUCUGACAGGACAGGCCAGUCGUGGUCGCACGAUCGUAUUCGAGGGGGACGGCAGUUUCCAGAUGACCGCACAGUCAGUCAGUGAUAUGAUUCGCGCCCGGCUGGAUGUAAUCAUCAUCGUGCUCAAUAAUCAGGGAUACACGGUGGAGCGGUGGAUCCAUGGAAUGAAGGCGCACUAUAACGAUAUUAUGCCCUGGCGGUAUCUUCAGACAGCUGACUACUUCGGGGCCGUGCAGGACGAUAGCUAUCCGAUUCUCACUCAGCGGGCAUCCAAUUGGAGGGAGCUGGCACAAGCGCUGCAGGCCCCUCAAGUUGUCAAGGGUAAAGGAUUGACGAUCGUGGAGCUGUUGUUGGAAGAGUCGGAUGCCCCUUUGCCACUGCAGCAAAUGGCUGGCGCUGCGGCCAAGCGAUUCUGCACUUAG